AUGGAUUCCUCCGACUCCGACCCCGUCAUCGCAUCCUACGACGUCUUCCUCACCGACUCCGAAAUCUCCCGCUACGUCCUCCAAUACCUCGACCGACCGACCGACGACGCCUACGAUGACCGCCACGGCCAGAAACCCGCUUCGUUUCGCAUGAAGCAGAAGACCGGUCUCGUGGAAGUGGACGUCCCCAUUAACACGCGCGUGAACUACGAUGUCAGCAAGGGUCUGCGGUACGGCGAUGCGUUGAAGAAAAGCCGCAGUGCGCGCGAGGGCGGCGCGUUUGGUAUGGCGGGCGGGUUUAGUACUGGGAGUGCGGGCGGGAAGGUGAAGAUGGAGGCGAACGCGGACGUGGAGAUGGGUGGCACCGGGGAGACGGCUUCUUUGUUGAGGAUGCAGACGCUGGGUGGGAGGGUUCGGAGUCCUGAGACUGGGGAUCCGGUUUAUAUGUUGGCUGCGUUUAGGGGGAAGAAUCUACACCUCUCUCCUGUCUCUGCCGUGGUUCAAUUACAUCCUCAACUGCACCAUCUCGAUGCUCUGGACGAAGUCCCGACCAAGGGAAGGGGCGGAAAAGGUCGAAAGGACGGCGAAGAGGAUCGCCCGGCCGAAAGUGAAGCCCGCGCCAUCGAUGUGAAAAUCAAGGCGGCCGAAGAUAGCGAGGGAGCCAUGGUUGCUGGCAAUCUGAACCUUCUGAAGAAAAUGCAGGAUGAGAAAUGGAACUCUUACGACUGGGUCGAUGCCGAGACCGAGGAAUCGUGGCACGUCUAUGAGAGCUUCAUGAUGCAUCAAGAUCCGGAGAGCCUGCCGCAACUCGAAUCGGCAAUUAACAGCGAGGAUUAUUUGGAUAAGAUGAGUGCUCCGCGAAUCGACCCGGCACGACCGGAGAUGACUGGGUGGGCGAUGAAGCAGAACCGAAAGAAACAGCGUGAACAGGCGUCGCCUACUGAGGGUAAUCCGGAGGGAUAA